AAAUGAAUUAUAAAUUAACCGAGUGUCUAUAAGAUUAGGAUCAGCUACCAGAAAUUAUUGGUGAAUUUAUAACUCCAACAGGUAAACGAAGAGUUUUACAUGGAUUUUGUAAUUAAAUUAUAGUUGCCAACAAGAAUAAAUUCAUUUCAUUGUCAUUUGAAACCAAAUUUCAGUUAUUAAGAGAAUAAGUGGAAGAAAAGUUUAAAGUUGGAAAACCAUUAGGAUUGUUGAUUGAAAGAGAGAAUAUUUAGCAUAAAAUAAAGUUAUUUUCAGAUGAUACUUAACUUUUGAAGAAAUGGAGAGAUUAUUUAGCAAAAUAUAUAAAUUAAAGAGGAUUUCAUGAAAGUUUUAAAGCACAUCGUAAAAUAGGGAAAGGUAAUUUUGCAUCAGUGUAUUUGGUUGAUCGUUUAGAAGAUGAAAGAAGUUUUGCAAUAAAAGCAUUUUCAAAAGAAAUAGCUUAUGGUUAAGAUAAAGGAAAGGUAAAAAUUAUAAAUUCAUUAUAGAUGUCUAUAUUGAAUGAGAUUUAAGUGAUGAGAUAACUUGAUAGUCAUGCUCUUAUAAAAUUGCAUGAAGUUUAUGAAACUGAUAAUUCAUUAUAUAUGGUACUAGAUUUAUUGGAAGGAGGUUCGUUGUAUGAUAAAGUAAAAAAUAGACCAUAAUUUAAUUCAUUUGAAAUAGAAAUACUUAUAUUUACACUAUUAGAAGGUUUAUAAUAGAUGCAUUCAAAACAUAUAAUGCAUAGAGAUUUAAAACCAGAAAAUAUAUUAUUUAGAAAGCCAAAGUAAUUAAUAAUUAUAUAAGUAAUUAGUAAUAUAUAGUCAGUUUGUAUAGCUGAUUUUGGGUUGGCAUAAAAUGCUGAUGAAUAUCCAUAUUUAUUCAAUAGAUGUGGAACACCAGGAUUUGUAGCACCAGAAGUUUUAAAUUGUAAAGAUGGAGGAAGAUAUGAUCCAAUAUGUGAUGUAUAUAGCUUAGGAUUAAUAUUUUAUAUUUUGUAAAUAAUAUUAUAUUUAAUAUUUAUAGAUUAACUGGUAAGCCUGCAUUUCCAGGUAAAAGUUAUAAUGAUGUAUUGGCAAAGAAUAGAAAAUCUGAGAUAUCAUUUGAGGGAGCCUUAUUUGAGAAUGUUCCAUAAUAAGCAUAUGAUUUAUUAAGAAAGAUGCUAGAAAUAGAACCGAAUAAAAGGAUUACUGCUUAAUAAGCUCUUGAACAUUCAUAUUUUAGUAGAAGAUUGAAAUAAGUAGAAGAAAAUGAAGAAACAACAUUUAAUGUAUAGGAGGGACAUUUGAAAUUUGAUAAAUAGAGAUUAAAAUAAUUAAACAAUUCACCAUUACAUUCACCUUUGAUUACUGCAUCAUCAAGAUUAAGAAAGGAUUGUUCAAAUGAUAGUUUAUAUUAAAACAGUCCCUUAUUAAAUGGUCAUACUGAUUAAAUCGGUAUUAUUAUAUUUUAUUUAAAUAAGAUUCUCCUUCUAAUAAUGGAUUUAAUAGUCCAUCAGCUUAAAGUAGAUCAUUAAAUAGAGUCGAAUAAUAAUAAUAAUAAUCGAAACCAUCGCGAUUUAGAGAUGUCGAUGGAACUAAUACUAAUUGUUAAGGAAGUAAUUCAAAUUAGAGUUCUAAACCUUUUAUUUUAAAUUAAAAUCCUUUACAUAAAUAUGCAAUCAGAAAUGAAAUGGCUAGAUAGUAAAAUAAUCAAGAAUAAAAGUAAUGA